ACUAAAGUAAUAGAGAUAUGGGAACAGUAUCUAAAAGGUUGCCGGGGAAUACUCUGUGACUUGUCGGUGCUAUAUCUUUUUUUUUUUUUCCUUCUUCUUUCUUUUACAUUGAAAAUAAAAAAAUCAACACAUUCGCAGUACGAUGUAUUUUUCUUUUAUAUUUAUAUACAGAUAACUAGUUAACAUCAUUGUUCAGAAGACCAAAGAAAAGGGUUAUUAUUGUAGUAGCAAACCUAACGAAAAUUAAUGAGUUAUUUUUAUUUUUAUUUAAUGGUAAAACUAAGAAAAGGGUGUAAGUUAUAGAUUGGCCAAAGAAGGUUCUCUUUUGUAUCAACCAAAAUAUUAUAUAUAUUGAAAACAAGAACAAAAAAAGCACAGUUCUAAAUUAGAGCAUAGAGCUAAUCAUAGUGCCUACUAUCCUAGUCUUCCUCUCUCUCUAUCUGGGUAUCUCUGUUUUUCAGUUCUGAUUAAGCUACUUUUGUUGUUCUUCUUCUUCUUUUCGAUUCCUCAGCUGCUUUGAACUUUGAAGCUUUAUUCAUUUUUUUUUGAGGGCAUUCCAUUUGAGGUCAUUUUGAUGCCUACGCCACUUGAACAUGAUUACAUAGGCUUAACAGAGCCUUCUACCAUGGAAAAAAGCUCUGACAAGCUUUCAUCAUCUUCUUCUUCUACUCUUUCGGAUGAGAAGAGCUCUGCUUGUAACCUCAAAGAGACUGAGCUAAGACUCGGCUUGCCUGGUUCCCAGUCUCCUGAAAGAAAACCGGGAUUCGGGGUCUCCCUUUUUGGUAAAGAUUUGGAGGAAAAGCAUAAUGGGUAUUCUCCAAACGUGUCAAAGAACUUUGAGACUGGUGUUAAGAGAGGUUUCUCUGACGCCAUUGACGGCUCCUCUGACAAAUGGGUUUUUUCUGUCUCUAAUGGAUCUGAUGCUGAUUUGGGAAAAGGAGCUGUUUUUCCUUCUACCGGAGGUGGGCAUGGAGGGAAACCUCGUGGUGGUUUGGAGAAUCAGCAGUCAUGCUCUUCUACACCAACCAUGAAGGAUGUUGUUCCAAAGUCAGCACAGGAGAAAAAGCCACAGGUUUCUGACCACACCAGUGCUCCUGCUGCCAAGGCACAAGUGGUAGGAUGGCCACCAAUUCGAUCAUUUCGAAAGAACACCAUGGCUUCUAACUUGUCAAAAACUAACGAAGAUACUGAGGAGAAAUCUGGAUUGGGAUGUCUUUAUGUUAAGGUCAGUAUGGACGGUGCUCCAUACCUACGGAAAGUUGACCUUAAAACAUGUACUAACUAUCUGGAACUCUCCUUAGCUCUUGAGAAGAUGUUCAGCUCCUUUACAAUUGGUCAGUGCAACUCUCCUGGUCUUCCAGAGCGAAAUGGAUUAACUGAGAGCCGUUUCAUGGAUCUUCUCCAUGGUUCUGAUUCUGAAUAUGUGGUUACUUACGAAGACAAGGAUGGGGACUGGAUGCUGGUUGGUGAUGUCCCUUGGGAGAUGUUCACUGAUACAUGUAGACGAUUGAGGAUAAUGAAAGGUUCCGAGGCUAUUGGACUUGGUAUUUAUCCUAAAAUGCUUACUUCAAUAUCUCAUGCUUUUUUUCUAUUUUACACAUUAUCUUAUAAAUUGGUUUAUUUUUCCUUUAUAACGAAGUUAUUGUUGUUCUUUGGCUACAGCUCCAAGGGCCAUGGAGAAGUGCAAGAACCGAAGCUGCUAAGCACAAAAUCUCGGCAGGACAAGACGGCAUUCUCCAUGGAAGCUAACUCCUACUUGGAUUUCAAGUUGGGUGCUUGUGAGAGAACGCUAAAUAUGUUUCUUCAGUAUGUUAGAUUUUGUGUAUUUUGUGUACUUUGAGAAUUUUCACAGCUUGAAGUAUUUCACUGGAGAUAUACCAUAUUAUAUACGUUUGUUUUUGCUUUUAUUUUCAUUAAUUGUAUCUGCUGCUUCAUAAACUCUGUUUAGUGUGUAAAUGUAACAAUUUGCUGCUUCCAGAAAUCUGCGUGUAUCUGAAAGAGAAAUAUAUAUAAUAUUAAUAUCUUUGGGUCCAUAGGCAUUAA